AUGAUGCCCGUUCGGCGCGUGAAAGCUCAGCCACGUGUGUGGCCGCUGAAUACCGAGCCUCCUCCCUGGGUAUGGACGAUGCCGAGUGCUGCAGGACUGUGUGCUCUGAGCUCCACUCCUCAUGCAACCCUGCUUAACUCUGCCCGACCUCCUCCUCCUCCUCCUCCUUUGCGCACUGUCACGAGCUGGCAGCUGUCCUGUGAUCCGUUCUUACCGCCACUUAUCAGCCCACUUCCAGUGCCAAACAUUCAGUGGGAGCUUACGUCGAGGCCUCCCAUGCUGGGAUUUCAGCCGUCUCCAGGUUUUGAUCUAGUUCCUGUGUUCCCCGUUGUGUAUCGUACUGUACUUCACCCACACUACGGCAAAUCCUGGCUGGAAAAACGCACGCCUGACUACAAGGUUUAUUUAAAUAAUGCUUUGGAGACCUGGAUUGGGCCAGAGGACAUGGGAAUUUUUCAGCAUCAGGAAAAGCCAGUGCUAAUGACAAACCGAGUGGCAAUGAGCAUAUCGAGGCCAGCAGCUGCCUCCAGGAAUUUCCACACACUGUUUCUGACACCAAGGCGUAUUUCAGGUUGUCCAGUAGCCAUAAAGCGUGUGCGGAGCAACAAACGAGUGGCUUUGGCAACAGCAGCACUGGUGGCUAUGGAAUCAAACUUGGGUCAGAGGCCAUCAGCCUCCUCAGCCCACCCUCUACAUUUGCUCUCACUGUCUCCCAUUAAGAUCCCUCUUUUCACAUCCUCUAACCCAGGACCUCGAGGUUCAUGGGAAGGUCUGCUGAGUCCUGUUCUGCCCACACAGCUCACUGCUGUGAGGUCCCUCUCUGCCCCUGCUGUAACCCUUCUGACUGGUGACUGGAAAGAUAAAAAGGCUCCAGAAAAGAAAUUGGAAGUGAGGGAGCCAUCCUGCACAGGAGCACUGGUGCUGCACUCCAAUUCAGCACCAGAGGACAAAGCUGAGGAUGAACAGUUUAAGAUUAACAUGGAUAUUGACAGCUCUCCCAAAGAUAAAAGGCCAGUUGCAUCCACCCCAGUGCCGGGAUCACCAUGGUGUGUGGUCUGGACAGGAGAUGAUAGAGUUUUCUUCUUUAACCCCACCAUGCAGCUGUCUGUAUGGGAGAAACCAGUGGAUCUGAAAGACCGGGGGGACCUCAACAAAAUCAUUGAAGAUCCUCCACAUAAACGCAAGAAGGACUUGUCAGAGGAUGGCUCGAAUUCACCCUUGGCUGAUGAUGAGGAUGAAGACAAUGAUGAAGGAGACCAUAUUUCAAAAUCCAAACGCAACAAAUUGGAAGAGCCAUCUAGUAAUUCUGCAUCUGCCAGUGAGGAGCAGAAUACAGAGAGCUGCACAGUGUCCAAUCAGAUGGUCCUACCACUCGAAUUGCGGAUCACGCACUUCAGAGAUAUGCUCCUGGAGAGAGGGGUGUCUGCAUUCUCAACAUGGGAGAAAGAAUUACACAAAAUUGUAUUUGACCCACGUUACCUGCUCCUGGGGCCAGAGGAGAGGAAGCAGAUUUUUGAUCAGUUUGCCAAAGCCAGGAUAAAAGAAGAAUAUAAAGAGAGAAAGAACAAACUCCAGCAGGCAAAAGAAGAGUUCAGGAAAUUACUUGAAGAGUGCAAAAUUACAUCCAAGUCAACUUUCAAAGAGUUCUCAGAAAAGUAUGGCCGAGACCCACGCUUCAAACGUGUUCCCAAGCAGAAGGACCAGGAGUUGCUGUUCUCUCAGUUCAUCAGUGGGCUCAAGAAGCGUGAUAAGGAAAACCGAAUGAGGCUGAGGAAGAUGAGAUGA